ACAUGCCAACAAUCGGUUGGCUGCGGCUCAUCUGCGUUGCGAACUUCAAAACGCUUUCGUCGCUACAACGAGCAACAAGUACGCGACGGCAACGCUUCUAAUCUGAAGAAGUUCUAUUUGCGCUAUAUACAUAAAUAAAUAAACAUAUAUACACAUAUCUCAAAACUCAAAAUGUCAACACCUGUCGGUCCGGAGCCCAGCAAUGUGGUCUGCCCCAACUGCCAUCAACAGGUGACCACGCGCACCGAGCCAAAGGCCAGCACCAAGACGCACUUGAUAGCGCUAAUCAUGUGCCUCACCUGCUGCUGGCCCUGCGCCUGCUGCUUGUAUUGCACGGAUUGUGCGCGCAACAUGGAUCACUUCUGCCCCUCGUGCAACGCCUUUGUCGGCACCUACGAGCGCUGAAAAGUCCUGACAACCUUUUGACAGUUUGAAGUACACCUGAUAUUUCCAGCUAGAUGCACAGCUAGUUAACUUCAAAGCACAGCCCAAUUGCAGUGUCCUGCUUCUAUGGAUACACAUUUCUUCUUUUUACAUACAGUCGAGCUACGCUUUAACGAAUGUUGUUAUUGGGUACAGUUUUUAACAUACAUAAUAUUUUUAAUAUCUAAUAUAUAUUUAAAAAACGCUUUGAGCUUAUUUUGGGUCAACAAAAAAGUUUACAGCAAAGCGAAGAAAAGAUAUUGUAAAAGGAAUACAGUAAAACCUCAAAGAUAAGCACUUUUUUAAAUACGUUUUAAGAAUUAAAGCAACAAAUCUUAAAUAAUGCGAAAAAAUAUUGGCAUUCCCAUAAAAUGCAAGAUACAAUCAGAAUAUUAUUGCCUAUGAAGACUUUCAUUGUAGCGAAGUACGACUGUAACUUAGUGCAUUUAACAUUUACUCGUAUGCAAUCAUUUUGAUGUUAGAGAAAAAAAUAGUAAUGUGUAUGUCAAUUGUUUUUCGAAAUGUCGGACAUUAAAUAAAUAUUCAAGUCAA